AUGCCGACAGAACUAGAGGAGCUCGUGGGCUUCAUCGCCCAUCCCAACCCGCAAAUCAGGAAAUUGGCCGUCGAGAAUCUUGUCGGUUACUCGCAAGCGCAACCGGCGAUUUUCAAGACUGAGGGCUUGACGCCAAUCAAGCACCUCAAGUUCUUGGUCAAAGACCACCCUAAAAUCGCAGAACAUGUCCUCACCAUUCUCGUCAACCUGACGGCAGAGAAGGAAGUCUUGGAGAAUGUUGCCAAAGAUGACAAGUUCAUCGGAGAAGUUGCGGAUCUGAUAGUGAAGCCCAACGAGCCAAACGCAAACCUGAUGGCCAUGCUCUUGGCCAACCUAGCAAAGUAUGACGGUCUCAAGACCAUCGUCACCAGAAAGCAGACGCCACCCGAGGAGCUCAAGUCCAAUGAUCUCGUGCUCAACCAGCUCAUUGAUCUUUUCGUCAAGGAGAAGGGCUACAACAAGGACGCGGACUACGACUACCUCGCUUACCUCUUCGCCGACCUCACUAAGCAUGCCGAAGUCCGCCAGCACUUCGUUACCCGUCAGGACUAUGACGAGGUCAUCCCCAUCACCAAGCUCAAGGUCUUCACAGAGCAUGCCUCUGAGAUCCGCCGCAAGGGCGUGGCAAGUACCAUCAAGAACGUCGCCUUCGAGAUCCAGUUCCACCCCACCUUCCUUGAUGAAGAUGAGGUCGACAUCUUGCCUUACAUCCUGCUCCCCAUCACCGGCAAUGAAGAGUACGACGAUGAAGACACGAUGGGCAUGUUGCCCGAUCUGCAACUUCUUCCCCCCGACAAGAAGCGCGACUCAGACCCGAGAAUCAUCCAGACUCACAUCGAGACCCUGUUGCUUCUCACCACCACGCGCGAAGCUCGCGACCUGAUGAGGAGGGUGAAAGUGUACCCCAUCAUCCGAGAAACGCAUCUGCGCGUGGAAGACGAGGGCGUCAAGGACACUUGCGACCGUCUGGUGCAGGUCAUCAUGAGCGACGAAGCGCCUGAAGAAGGUGAGGGAGAGCAGAAGCAGUUGACGAACGGCUCCAAGGUGGAGGAGAUUGAAGACGACGAUAACGAAAUUGUGGAGGUCUAG